AUGGCGUCCAAUAGACCGGCAGCGUUCAAUACCCUGCGGAUGGGAGAGGUCAUCCGCGAAAAGGUCCAAGAUGGUGUUACUGGUGAGACCCGCGAGAUCCAGUACACCCAGUGCAAGAUCGUAGGCAACGGUUCGUUUGGUGUGGUCUUCCAGACAAAACUUGCCCCAACGAACGAAGAUGCAGCGAUCAAGCGAGUCUUGCAGGACAAGCGCUUCAAGAACCGUGAAUUGCAGAUCAUGAGGAUUGUGCGGCACCCCAACAUUGUGCAGUUGAAGGCCUUCUAUUACUCCAAUGGCGAGCGGAAAGACGAAGUCUACCUUAAUCUCGUCCAGGAGUUUGUACCCGAGACGGUCUAUCGGGCUUCCCGGUUCUUCAACAAGAUGAAGACGACCAUGCCGAUGAUCGAGGUCAAGCUCUACAUCUACCAGCUCUUCCGUGCUUUGGCCUACAUCCACUCGCAGGGCAUCUGCCACCGUGAUAUCAAGCCUCAGAACCUUCUCUUGGAUCCAGCUACGGGCGUCCUGAAGCUCUGCGACUUCGGCAGCGCCAAGAUUCUGGUGGAGAAUGAACCCAACGUCUCGUACAUCUGCUCGAGAUACUACCGUGCCCCUGAGCUGAUCUUUGGCGCGACGAAUUACACGACCAAGAUUGACGUCUGGUCAACCGGGUGUGUCAUGGCCGAACUUAUGCUGGGGCAGCCUCUCUUCCCUGGAGAGUCUGGCAUUGAUCAGCUUGUCGAGAUCAUCAAGGUUCUCGGAACCCCAACCCGUGAACAGAUCCGGACAAUGAACCCCAACUACAUGGAGCACAAAUUCCCUCAGAUCAAGCCUCACCCGUUCAAUAAGGUGUUCCGUAAGGCGGAUGCCAAUGCCAUCGACUUGAUCUCGAAGCUUUUGGAGUACACGCCAACAGAACGCCUGGCCGCUAUUGAUGCGAUGGUCCAUCCGUUCUUCGAUGAGCUGCGUGACCCCAACACUAAGCUGCCCGACUCAAGACAUGGCACUGGCCAACUGAGGGAUCUCCCCCCGUUGUUCAACUUUUCUCGUCAUGAACUCUCUAUUGCGCCGCACCUCAACCAUCAGCUUGUUCCUCCUCACUACAGGCCUAUCCUUGCAGCGCAAGGGCUCGACAUUGACAACUUUAAGCCUAUGACAAAGCAGGAGAUGAUGGCCAGGUUGGACUGA